ACCCAGUACCGUAGUAUGAGAUCUGACAGGGUGUGUUCAUUGCCCUCCCAGGCCCGCCGGUGUUUGGGAUAUGCGAGGUGGGAGACUGGCUCCCAGUUCCCAGGAUGCGCGUUUUUUCAUCUAGGUUUAGGCUUUAGUAAGCUGACUCGCUGCCGAGACUGACUUAGGGGGGCUGGCCACUCUUCGUGAUGCGUGAUGCGGUGGGAGAGAAGAGACCUCGUUCGUCAUUUAGCAUGCGCUGGAGACUACUUUCCGCAAAUACCUCUGCGUCUGAUCUGUGGCUCCUCCAUGUGGGGGCCCUUCUCGCCCUUGUGGACCUUGAUGUGAGGCGUUCCUCUCAAACGCGAUUAGCUGGUCGGCCGUUCGGUGCUCGCGGAACUGUGGGGGAACCGCGUGAUGGUCUUCUUGGUCUCGAACCUGAGCUUGUUGGGCUAACGCAGCUGACCGCCGUCAUCUCGAGUUUCACCAAGUCGCCGUCCCAAUACGACUACCCAGACCUGCGUGUCAACACGCUCCUCUCGAACCGCACCAGUGUCUUCUAG